UAUUCAUCAACCAGCUGUCAAUUGUCAAAAGUCAUAACUCAUUGGCAAAUAAGAGAGCGGGUUAGACGUCUCCUAUGUCCGGCAACUAAGUUAAUAUUGUUUAAUUUAGUUAUACGUGGAUAAUGAAUCAUUACUCGUAAGUAAGUAAGUAAGUAGUAUCACAAAUGAACACCAAUUAUUUAAACAUACUUCUAAUUUAUCUGUUGGUGCCAAAUGUGUUGGCCCGAGGUCCUCACCAUCCCAGAGGAGCUAAAGUGGUGAAAAGACAUGUUCACUAUACCCCCGGAAAAAAAAUCGAAAAACUAACUCAGGAUCUUGAACUGUUGCAAGAUAAAGAACAUCUUAAAGAACAUUUAGAGGAGGAGGCGCCCAAAAUUGACUUAUCUAAGCUAACGGAAGCGGAAAUAGAACUGUACUAUUUUCUGCUGCAUGAUAGCGAUAAAAAUUCAAAGUUGGACGGUUUGGAGCUUUUGAAUGCUGUGCUGCAUACUACGCAUGAUGACGAUUAUGAAGAAAGCAUUGAGGAAGACAAUAAUGGAAAUAGUAAAAGUGAAAACAGUGAAGACGCUUUUAGUAAUUUUGUUGGUUUGGUAGAUCAAGUAUUAAAAGAAGACGAUAGAAAUCAAGAUGGUUAUCUGGAUUAUGCGGAAUACGUGGAGGGCAGAAAAAAAGCCGAUCAAGGGUUAGACGAGAGGCCAAACCUAAAGAUAACGUAGUAAACACUUAGUAGCUUAGUAAAAAUUUGUUAUUCAGGGUACUCUUAACAAUAAACCAGUCUAUAGAAAUGGUAAUAUUUAUUAUUA